AUGUCUUUCCAAAACUUCGACUCGUUCCAGAACCAGCACCCCGCUGCUGAUGGUGCCGCUGCUGCUCCCGGCGCUCCUGCGACUGCGGAUGCCACCAUGACCGGUCAGGCCGACCCCAACUCCACCCCUUUCCAGGGCCCUACUCCCGGUGAGCCCUCGGCUGGUGGCUCCCAGCCAGGUAACGACGGAAAGACUACUCUCUGGAUGGGUGAGCUCGAGCCUUGGAUUGACGAGAACUUCAUCCGCAACCUUUGGUUUCAGAUGGGUGAGCAGGUCAAUGUCAAGAUGAUUCGCGACAAGUUCUCUGGUAGGAGCAAUGCCGGCUACUGUUUCGUCGACUUUGCUUCCCCCGCUGCUGCUGCCAAGGCUCUGUCCCUGAACGGCACUCCUAUGCCCAACACCAACCGUGUGUUCAAGCUCAACUGGGCCACUGGCGGAGGCCUUGCUGAUCGCAGCCGUGAUGACCGUGGUCCCGAGUACUCCAUCUUUGUGGGUGACCUUGGCCCGGAGGUCAACGAAUACGUUCUGGUCUCCCUCUUCCAGAGCCGAUUCCCGUCCUGCAAGUCCGCCAAGAUCAUGACCGACCCCAUCAGCGGUAUGUCCCGUGGUUAUGGUUUCGUCCGCUUCUCCGACGAGAACGACCAGCAGCGUGCUCUCAGUGAGAUGCAGGGUGUCUACUGUGGCAACCGCCCCAUGCGCAUCUCCACUGCGACCCCGAAGAACAAGGGUCCUGGUGCUGCUCCCGGUGGCAUGGGCAUGCCCGGCCCCGCAGGCAUGUAUCCUCCGAUGGGCGCUCCCCCCAUGGGUUUCUACGGUGCCCCUCAGCCGAUGAACCAGUUCACCGACCCCAACAACACCACCGUCUUCGUCGGUGGCCUGUCUGGAUACGUCACUGAGGAUGAGCUCCGCUCUUUCUUCCAGGGCUUCGGCGAGAUCACCUACGUUAAGAUCCCCCCCGGAAAGGGCUGCGGCUUUGUCCAGUUCGUCCAGCGCCACGCCGCCGAGAUGGCCAUCAACCAGAUGCAGGGGUACCCCAUUGGUAACUCGCGGGUUCGUCUGAGCUGGGGUCGUUCCCAGAACAACUCCGGACCUGCCGGUAGCCCGUACCGUCCGGCCCCCCCUCCUCCCCCCAUGUACCCCUCAAUGGGUAUGCCCCCUGCCCAUCAGUAUGGUGGCUUCGCACCCAUGAAGGUUUGUUAA